GUCACGCUUCGGUUGUUCGUCAGAUCUAAGACUAAGCUGUUGAAGCGCUUUCCAGAUCUCGACCGAUAAGACUCCAGAAAAUUCAAAUACAAAGUCAUCGAAGGCACGCCUAACGACAUUGCAGCUUUAGAGCGCUGCCUGGAGGGUGUCAAUGUGAUCUCCAUGUGCAUUGCUCCCAACGUUGCGAAACCAGGCAACACAUUCGUCUACGAUACUGCAGCCGCGAUCGUGACAGCUCUGAGGAGUCUCCGUGGCCGACAGCAACGCGGAGAGCGGAAGACGUCAACGAUCUUGCAACUACGUCCGAUCGAGCAGAAUCCACGCGUCCCCCGACCAGGCGCCUUGGUUUGUACUCCACUACGUGUACAGCAAUGUCAACAAGGGAUACGAGCUUUGUGUCGCAGCCGCAAAAUCAGAACCCGGGUUGCUCGCCCUGCCCCAAGCCGUGGUAUGACGGUAUGUGUGCUCACGGCUCGAGGUUCAUGACCGCAGACGGCGUGUCUGAGUGCCUCAAGGCUGUCCGCAUGCACAUUCGUGUUGGCGCAAACGUCAUCAAG